UACUCUUCCAUCACACUGGAGGACAAUAGGGGGGAAAGUGACACCAAGAGGGAAGGUGGUUGUUUUCUUCUGUUUAAUUUGAGAGUCACAGAGACAAGAGCUUUCCCUUUAUUCCCUCCUGCUCUUGCUGAAGGCAAAUACAAACACACACAGAGAGAAAGGAAAUAGAAAGAGAGUUGGGGCACAAAAGACUUGGAGACAUGUCCCUGUCCAACAGUGGGUGGGAUUGAUGUGACUCUGCUGCUUCUCACUGACAGCCCCUUUGGAAAGUAGAGGGUUUGUAGAGAGGAGACUGGUGUAUCAUUGCACUGCUCUGGCUGACUGAUAGUAGGCGUGGAAGACCUGAGCCUUACACCAGGCACAAGAGACAGAGAGAAAUCUAAAAUAUUCCAGAGAACAGAGAGAGAGAGAGAGAGGGAGAGAGGGAGAGAGGGAGAGAGGGAGUGCAGGUGUUGAAGGGAGGAAGAAGAAGAAGACUGACACCAAUGGGACAAGUCGAGGACAUGAGGAUAUGAGCUGGAUACACUGUGACUUUACCUUGUAGCCUCCAAAGUCUCCUUGGGAAGAUCUUUGCCUCCUGCCCACCCUGAUCCAUUGCUGCUCCCAGACAGAAGACCAGAGAAGACCCUCUUGCUCACCUUUGGAGAGAUGGCUACCAGUCCCUUACCAGGAACCAAUGAUAUUCUCCUGGCAUCUACCCCCAGCACUUGCCCCCAGGAUUCUCUGAGCCAGUCCAGGUCUGGUUACUCUGCCAUGAAACCCAACCAGGUCAGCCAAGUCAUUCUUUAUGGCAUCCCCAUUGUCUCACUGGUGAUUGAUGGACAAGAAAGGCUAUGCCUUGCUCAAAUCUCCAACACCCUCCUCAAGAACUACAGCUACAAUGAAAUCCACAACAGGAGAGUGGCCCUUGGCAUCACCUGUGUGCAGUGUACCCCGGUGCAGCUGGAGAUAUUAAGGCGAGCUGGGGCAAUGCCAAUAUCUUCUAGAAGGUGUGGGAUGAUCACCAAAAGAGAAGCUGAAAGACUGUGCAAGUCGUUCUUAGGUGAAAACAGACCUCCCAAACUUCCAGACAACUUUGCUUUUGAUGUGAGCCAUGAGUGUGCUUGGGGCUGCAGGGGCAAUUUCAUCCCAGCCAGAUAUAAUAGCUCCAGGGCCAAGUGCAUCAAGUGUACUUAUUGCAACAUGUACUUCUCUCCCAACAAAUUCAUCUUCCAUUCACACCGCACACCAGAGGCGAAAUACACGCAGCCAGAUGCAGCCAACUUCAACUCAUGGAGGAGGCACUUGAAACUGUCAGAUAAGACUCCUGCAGAUGACAUGAUUUUCGCCUGGGAGGACGUGAAAGCCAUGUUUAAUGGCGGCAGCCGCAAGAGGGCGCUCUCCCAUGGACACUGUCAUUCCAUAAGCUCAGUCAAGUCCACCACUGGAAUCCUACCCCACAUGAUAGGUCAGGAGAUCAGCCAGAAGAGGCCAAGGUAUGAGGAAGAAGAGGAGAUAGAGACUUCUAACCUCGCAAGCAAAAGCCAGAGAAGCUAUCCGGUCAUACCAGUGCCCAGCAAAGGGUUUGGCAUGUUGCAAAAGUUUCCUGCCAGCACCCUUUUCCCUAACCCUUAUACCUUCCCGGCUUUUGGACUCUGCCAGAAGAAAGAUGAUAGUGACUCUGUCAAUAGUCAGAAGACAAGUGCGCUGUCUGGCUUGUUUUGGCCUGGGAGGAAAGAUGCUUUCUACCCCCCAUUUUGUAUGUUCUGGCCACCAAGAACACCAGGAGGUCUCCCAGUCCCCACUUACCUCCAGCCUCAACCCAGCGCCCUCACCUCUAUCACAGACAAUCCUAGUUUACGGCAAGCCUUCCUGGAGCUCUCUGACCGAGAGCGGGGAUGGCAAGCAGCAUUAGCAACCCGGUGACAAUCUAUCUUGAGACAGAAUGGCUCAAGUGCCCCAGUGGCCGGAGACAUCAGGGCCUCCUCUGAAGGAAGGCCAUAUUUUGGACGUACACCUCUUUGUCCCAUCAGAAAACAGAAGCUACCAUUUCAGUCUUCAGGCCGUGUGGUGAAAGAUGCAGAAAGUAUAGCCAAGCUACAUGGCAACAUCGGAGGACUUUGCAUGGGACACGUUUCCCCCGGCACGCGCUGCAGUUACCAGAGUGAUGGCUCAGACACGGAUGAAGAGGGAGGAGGGGACGUAGAGUCCAACAAACAACAGGACGAUGAAGGAGGAAGAGGAUCUCAGCGAGGCCAGUUUCUCAAGCAGAGGCUGUCAGAGAGGAAGACAAGACCCUCAAGGAAAGGUUCCUACCCGACUCCCCGAAAUGAGCCGCACCAUGAGGAGAAACUCGACAGCCCUGGAACCCCAAAAGACUCCAGCCCCCGUCAUACAUCACUGGAGGAACCCUGCUGCAAAGAUACUCAGAAAACCAAAGAGGACAGCGCCAGCUUAUCUACGAAAGAAGACUGUUACCCGGACAAAAGCAAAGAGAUGCAUUUCUUUCCCGCAGAAUCAGAACCAUCUGGAGGGGAGUUCUGGAGAGAUCUCACAGGAGAAGCCAGCCAGGAAAACAGCACCGCCCACUCCCUAAAAAAGGACGUUGGGAGCAUGGGAAAAGAAGAACUCCAGAAAGUCCUGUUCGAGCAGAUCGACCUGCGGAGACGACUGGAGCAGGAAUUUCAGGUUUUGAAAGGAACGCCGUCUUUUCCAGUGUUCAAUAAUUUCCACGAUCAGAUGAAGAGGGAGCUGGCAUACAGGGAAGAAAUGGUGCAGCAAUUGCAAAUAAUCCCUUAUGCAGCCAAUUUGAUAAGGAAAGAGAAACUCGGGACUCAUCUCAGUAAGAGCUAAAAGUGGAGCCCCAGCAACAAACUCCUGUGUAAAGACUGAUAACUCUGUAUAAAGACUGACGGGAGCCAUUGGGACAACAAGCUGGAGGGAUAAUAAGGACAACUUUGUAUCAUAAAUUAUAGCAGCCAAUCACCAGGAUUUGAGUAACCAUGGACAGACCUGCCCAACAAAUAAGGGACAGUGUGUUAUCCUCAAAUCCGACUUGGUUUUUCCUUCCGCUGCUUAAGGGAUGGAGCCCAGUUCUGUGUUCAAUGCUGUGAAUAAUGAGGUUCGGCCCAAGGACGGGUUGUGUUUGGAACUGGACUUCUGCGCCUCCUGUUUAUUGACUCUGCCUGCUGUUUGGAUGAACUGUAACCCCCACCCUCCCCUCCCCCAGGGCAUAUUUUACAGUUUAAUAUUAUGUGUAAUUAUAAAUAUAAUCUCUGGUCUAAAAAGGUCAUUUAUCAUGAUGUUCUGGUAGUUUCUUUAUCAUUUCUGUGGAUACAAAAGUCUAUAAUAAACGCUAUCCAGUGACGCUUGGGCAGUGUGCAGCUGAGUUGCUUCCCCUUGG